AAUUCACUCAUUUCUUGUCCGUAGCCUUUUGCGAGUCCGUGUUGUGCGGCGACAGGGAGGGGCACAUAAAACCUGCUCCAGGAUGCUGGAGCACCUGUCUGUUGUGACUUGUGUGUGUGACUUGUGUGUGUGACUUGUGUAAGACUAAGUUACUUCCACUUUCCUGUUCUGCUCUGCUCUGCUCCGAGAUUGCAUCGUCCUUUCUGAGCAUCAAUCAUCUCCUGUAGCGAGUUUGGCGAUUUUCGUCACUUCCACGAUUCAUCGCUCGGCGCAGUGGCCGUAGGGGUUGAAAGCCUUUCGGUGGCGUCACAGUGGACGGAUGGAAGACCUUUGUGAGGAGUUGGAUGCUCUGGAGUUGGAUCUUUUGCCCGUUUCCUUUCUUUGAUGUAGACGAGCAAGUCGACCUUGGUAGAAGUGUAAUUGUGAGGUCUUCUGGAGUUGAAGUUAGUCGGGCCUGCGUUGUUGAGCAUUUGAAAUCUCCCUGGUUUAUUGUAGAGCUCACACUUGGAACACAGGUUUCUGUGACCGUUCCCAUUUUAGACCAGCGAAUAGAAAGGACUAUGAUGAAAUGUCUGUUGCCUGAAGUCCAUCUCACGCCCUUGCCAUGUGUUACUUCAAGUAUGAGAUUUCUGCUAUCCAGAGGACGAGUAUGGCAGGUGUGCAAUGAUCUGAUUGAUAGGAUGGCAGGAGAAAGAAAUCAGCUUAUCAUUCUAGGAAGUUUACAAAGGUUUUUGUUUAGACAAGUUGCUUUUAGAGUAACUCAACUUUUCGUUCAUCGUUCAAGACUACAGUGAGAUGCUCGUGGCACAUGCAAGUGUUGGAAUCAGUUUUGGCGGGUGCUGAUAUUAUCUAGGAUAUAUUCAAAAGCUUUAAGAACUUGCAGGUUUUUGCUGACUGCAAGCUAACAUGGUCAGAUAUGGCGGGAAGCUCGCUGUAUACGGGAUUGUGGUACUAUGCAUCACUGCAUUACUUGUUGGGCUUGCAAUGUUGAUUCCCGAUGAGAUCGCACAUUAUUAUGGUCAAUUUAGCGAAUUUUCCCAGGGUGAUGCAAAUAAACCUAGCUGGUUCUUAUGGUCACUCCCUAGGAAAUCGGACGACGGAUCUAUUACCCGAUUGAAGAGGAGCUGCUCUCAUCCCCUCAAGGUCUACAUGUACGAUAUUCCUCGAAAGUUCAAUUUCGGUCUAAUGACAAUGGACAACAAGAAUGAAGAUCUGCCUUGGGGAAAUCAUGCCGCACCCCCUUGGUCACAGCAAUGGGAGGUGAAUAAGCAACACAGUGUAGAGUACUGGAUGACGGUGUACUUACUAGAUGGUUGGGAUCGUAAGGAUGGUAGGAGGGCUGCUAUUAGAGUGAGGGAUCCAUAUCAAGCUGACGUUUUCUUUGUGCCGUUCUUUGCAUCCCUCUCCUUCAAUAACUAUGGUUAUGGCAUGGAAGGCCCUGGAGCAGAGUUGGACAAGAACCUCCAAGAGUGUGUAGUGAACAUCUUAUUGAAUUCGAAGUGGUGGAAAGCUUCUCAAGGCCGCGAUCAUGUCAUCGUCCUCCAUCACCCCAACGCUUUCAGACACUAUCGCCAUCUACUUAAUUCAUCAAUGUUGAUAGUUGCCGAUUUUGGGAGAUUUUCAACAGAUGUUGCUUGCCUGCAGAAAGACAUCGUGGCUCCUUAUGAACAUGUUGUGCAAUCGUAUGUUGAUGACCACUCUAAUUCAUUUUCUCAACGUCACAUUCUUCUUUACUUUCAAGGAAGAAUACAUCGCAAAGCUGAUGGGAUUGUGCGGGCAAAGCUAGCGAAGGCGUUGAUGAAUGAAAAGGAUGUGCAUUACAUGGACAGCGAAGCCUCUUCCGAAGCUCUUGCAGAGGCAACCAGUGGUAUGCGAUCUUCGCGCUUCUGUCUUCAUCCAGCAGGAGAUACGCCUUCAAGUUGUCGCCUAUUUGAUGCAAUUGUUAGUCACUGUGUUCCUGUCAUAGUCAGUGACAGAAUUGAACUUCCUUUUGAGGACGACAUAGAUUACAACGAAUUUUCUUUAUUCUUCUCGUCUGAAGAGGCGGUGAGGCCGCAAUACUUGCUCCGCAUUUUGAGAGGCAUCAAUGAAACAAAAUGGACACAGAUGUGGACGAAGUUGAAGGCAGUCUCUCACCACUUCGAGUUCCAACACCCAGCUAAGAAGGACGAUGCUGUUAACAUGAUCUUUAAGCAGGUGCAACGUAAGCUGCCAUCGAUGAAACUUGCUGCCCACCGCUCAGAGCGUCUGCAAAUAGAAGACUGGUAGUAAAAUUUUAGUUGAAUUUCGAGAACCAAAUCAAUGUUGUACUAAACUCAAAAUACAGGUGGAAAAGCUCAGCCAUAUGUGACGUGUGAGGAGUGUUUUCACUUGCAUGUCUCCAGCUCUGUAUUCAAAUGCUUUUUCACCUUUAUUUUGAAGUAGGGAACUGAAUGAAACGUCGUAAUGGUUCGCCUACGGAGCAUGCUCUCUCUACUAUCAGUCUCUCGCUAUAGACACUCUUAGCACAUUCCUAAAUCUUAUUAUCUAAACUAGUUUUCAGCAAAUGAAAUUCAGGGAGGUUAUGAAAGUCCACUAUAGUUAUUUUCUGCAUUGCUUUUUGGCGUAAAUCAAGUGAACAUUGGCCUAGGGUUCGGGGUUCAUGCAUCUCCACUCUGCAUCUAGUUCACAAUGUAAAUUACGUGCUGCGGUGGGAGGCAGGAUUUGCACAUAUUCUAAAUUGUAAUGUGUAGGUUGGCAUGCUUCCAACUGCAACGGUGGGCAAAUUUUUGUUAGUGAGAA